AUGCUCGCAUCCCCGCUCCUACUGCCCGUUCGCCGGACCCUGUUCCUCUUCUCCUCCUCCUCCGUCUCAUCGAUUGCACGAGCAAGCGCAACCGCACGAGCAGGCGCGUCUACCAGAUCCCUACACACCUCCUCUCUCCGGCCUUCCCUCUCCGUAUCCAACCCGCGCUUCUUCCAAACCCCGCGCCCAACGGCACUGCUCUCAAGGAUACAAUGGCCAGGAACGCAGACGCAGACGCAAACCCGCGGCAUGAAAGUCCGAAGCUCCGUGAAGAAGCUGUGCGACGGGUGCAAGAGCGUGCGCCGCAAGAAGGGGAGAUAUGUGUACAUCAUCUGUAGCAAGAAUCCGAAGCAUAAGCAGAGGUACGUCUUUUCUAUCGCUUCUCUCUUUACUUUUUUUUCCUCCCCUUUGGUUGGGCGUCGUAUCGCAUUUUUUUUUUUUCUUUUGGCGGAUUUCGUGCACUUUUGCUGAACUAGCUCCGUAGGCAAGGAUGAGCGCGUUUCCCGUUCGAUUUCGAAGUCGAGUUUCCCC